AGAGCCGGGCUGAGCCGUCAUCCCCGGCGCCACGCGAGUCCGAAGCCGCCGCGCCCGCGCCAUGGGCCGGGGACUCUGAGGGCGGCCGGGCGGCGGAGAAGGGAACGAGCGGCCGCGCCCUCGCGCCGCGCCACCAUGCCCCGCGGCUUCCUGGUGAAGCGCAGCAAGAAGUCCACUCCCGUGUCCUACCGCGUCCGCGGCGGCGAGGACGGCGACUGCGCGCCGCUGCUGUCGCCGAGCUGCGGGGGCGCCCGCGCCGAGCCCCCCGCGCCCAGCCCUGGGGCCCCUCCGCCGCCGCCCACGGAGCGCGCCCAUGCGGUGCUCGCUGCCGCGCUCGCCUGCGCGCCGCCCCCGCCGGGCCCGCGGGCCGCGCACUUCGGCAACCCCGAGGCCGCGCACCCCGCGCCGCUCUACAGCCCCACGCGGCCCGUGAGCCGGGAGCACGAGAGGCACCGCUUCUUUGAGCGCAGCUUCAACCUGGGCUCGCCGGUCUCCGCCGAGUCCUUCCCCACGCCCGCCGCACUGCUCGGAGGCGCCGGGGCAGGCGGUGCGGGAGCGGGCACGGGCGGCACCUGCGGCGGCGACGCGCUGCUUUUCGGGCCAGCCGAGCUCAAGAUGGGCACGGCGUUCUCCGCAGGUGCGGACGCCGCCAGGGCUCCCCCGCCGCCCCCGGCGGCCGCGCUGCGUCCCCCGGGCAAGCGGCCCGCGCCCCCUGCCGAGCCUCCAGCCAAGGCCGCCAAGGCUCCGGGCACCAAGAAGCCCAAGGCCAUCCGCAAGCUGCACUUCGAAGACGAGGUGACCACGUCGCCGGUGCUGGGGCUGAAGAUCAAAGAGGGCCCGGUGGAGGCGCCGCGGGGCCGCGCGGGGGGCACAGCGCGGCCGCUGGGCGAGUUCAUCUGCCAGCUGUGCAAGGAGGAGUACGCCGACCCGUUUGCGCUGGCGCAGCACAAGUGCUCGCGCAUCGUGCGCGUGGAGUACCGCUGCCCCGAGUGCGCCAAGGUCUUCAGCUGCCCGGCCAACCUGGCCUCGCACCGCCGCUGGCACAAGCCGAGGCCUGCGCCCGCCGCCGCGCGCGCGCCCGAGCCCGAAGCCGCCUCUAGGGCCGAGUCGCGGGAGGGUGCUGGCGGCAGCGACCGUGACACGCCGAGCCCCGGUGGCAUAUCCGAGUCCGGCUCCGAGGAUGGGCUCUACGAGUGCCACCACUGCGCCAAGAAGUUCCGCCGCCAGGCCUAUCUGCGCAAGCACCUGCUGGCGCACCACCAGGCGCUGCAGGCCAAGGGCGCGCCGCCCGCACCCGCCGCUGAGGACCUACUGGCCUUGUACCCCGGGCCCGACGACAAGGCGCCCCAAGAGGCGGCCGGCGACGGUGAGGCGGCCGCGGUGCUCGGCCUGAGCGCAUCCGCCGAGUGCCAUCUGUGCCCGGUGUGCGGGGAGACGUUCCCCAGCAAGGGCGCCCAGGAGCGCCACCUGCGCCUGCUGCACGCUGCCCAGGUGUUCCCCUGCAAGUACUGCCCGGCCACCUUCUACAGCUCGCCCGGCCUCACGCGGCACAUCAACAAGUGCCACCCGUCAGAGAACAGACAGGUGAUCCUCCUGCAGGUGCCCGUGCGUCCUGCCUGCUAGGGCGCACCCGCACCCAGGCGCCCAGAACUGUGCCUUCGCUUGGAGACCCGCACGGAGAGCGCGCCCGGGUGUCCGGCCUCCGGGUGAAAGUGUCCUCCUCGCUUCUCUUGGUGUGGCGUGCUGGUAACCCCAUCCUCUCGUGGUGACUCCUCCUGGAGCCCCGUUUUGCGUUGUGUCCCCCUUCGUGGUGCCGCAGGAGUCCACCCCUUUCGGUCAGGGGGAGGAAAGCUGUACGCGUGUGUCUCGUGGUCGGAUGCUUUCCCUCGCCGCUGGGCGAAGCGGUUUUUCUUGCUAGUAUUCACUGUGUUCAUGGUCUAGAAACGCGGUUUGCUCUCGCCUACCAAUCUCUGCUCUGUGUGUGUAGCGUACGGGUUGUUUUGGGUGAAUCUUGAGGAAUAAAUGCCUUUAUAUUUCACAGGCUGUAAAUCGAACUUCCCCCACGAUUAGCUUUAUUAUGGCUUGUGAACUGCUGGAGUCUGGCUUUACCUUUUUGUAUGUGAACAAAUCAAAUUGCUUAAAAAGAGUUUUCUUUAGUAUAGCCGCAAAUGCCUUGGACUGUUGUCUGUCUGGGACGUUUUGGGAGGGAGGGAAGGGAAUCUUCAAAAGAUGCUGUAGUAACUGCCUCAAUAUCGCGCAUACGGCUUUUUGGUUUGAUCAUCUUUAUUGAGGUAGGACUAUGAGUUCCCUCUAAGUGUAUAUUUUGAUUUAUGAGUAAUUGUUAUUUAUUCUUUAUUUAUUUAUAUUAAUUAUAAGAUGAUAUUAUUUGAUUGCAGAUUGUUUUGGUGCGCUCUUCCUCCCUGCCUCUCUCGACAUUUCACUGUGCAUUUUAGAUGAGAGCCUUUUUUCUAAAGGGAUCUGCUCAAAGUUUUAACUUUUAUACCUUUCUGAGGGAAUUACAGACAACCUACCAUUUUAUUCUGCUUAGAGGGCCCCCCAAGGCCCGUGUACAACUGACAGCUCUUACUUUUAAAUGCAAUCUCUUUUCUACAUACAUUAUUUUCUUAAUUGUUAGCUAUUUAUAGAAAGCUUCAAUAGAACUGUUUCGACUGUAUAAAUAUUUACUAUUCAAAUAAAAUAUUUUCAAA